UUCAAAUCUUGUGUACCUUUAGAAUUCAGUUGUUAAGAGUGGCUGUUGGGAGUUUUGCACAUACCGAACAACGAAAAAGCUAUCAGAAUGCCGAGCGAAAACAAACAAGUGAAGAUGCCAAUAAGAAAAUCAAAUAAUUUUUAUGAAAACUGGAAAGUCUUUUCUAAACAUAACAAGCUAAUGUUUCGUUGCAACGAGUAAAGAUUUCGCAAUCUAUGGCUGUGGGCAUCAUGAAUUCCAGUGUAUUCUCUUGGCACAGCAACGGUCUCAGUGUUAUUGUUGGGAAGCUUACAUACCAUGUUUCUUCACACUUAUGAUAGAAAGAAAGCGCAAUGGUAUUUGAAGCGAGAUCUUGCCAAGUUGUUAGAAAAUAAGAAUGGUGGAAGAGCGAUUCAAUUGUUAUUCGAUGCUAAGGGCAAUGGACAUCGUGAAGGCGACUAUAUGAUAGAGGAUCGUAAAAAUAUAUGUGUUGGUUGUGGUGGAGAUCAGCAACUAACCUUACACCAUGUUGUACCAGAAAUGUACAGACAAUGGAUGCCACUUGUUAUCAAGUCAAAAUCUAGCCGGGAUUUAUUAUUGUUAUGCAAGCAUUGUCAUGACGCAUACGAGCAAAAAGCUAUUCAAUUGAAAAAAGACUGCGUCAAACGAUUCGGCAUACCGUUGGAGGGAGAAGGGUGGAUUUAUCUUCCAGAACAUAGAAGGGCCAAAAAGGCUGCUAAUGCCUUGAUUAGAUCAUCUGACAAAAUACCACUGCAUAGGCAGAAGGAACUUACUGAAACUAUAUUGAAUUUUUGGCAGAAAGAAAAGAUAAGCGAGUCUGAAAAAAGUGACGGAAACACAAAAGAAGAAGCUUGGAAAAACAUAUUGCAGAGUUGUAGCGAGUUAGUAGAUCAUUAUAAAGGGCCGGAUUUCGUCGAACACGGGAAAAAAGCCAUACAGAUAUUGACCGAAAGAACCGAGUACAAUGACAAAAACCAAGAAAUUUGGCCUGAUCUCGAAGCCUUCAUAAAAGAAUGGAGACAGCAUUUCCUGGAUUAUCUACAACCGAAAUAUCUCAGUGAACUAUGGACCAUUGAAGGGGACAUUUAUACGCGAUAACUCAAAAAGAAAGCGAAAGCGAUGUUUCAACCUUAAAUUACAGUGUUUUAGCUUCAACUUUACACUAAAUACAAAUUUUAUUGGACAAUAUACAUAUUCAAUUUUGAUAAUUUUAAAUUAUUU